CCCAUCUCCCCCCUUCCUCGCCAUGGCCAUUGUAGAGACCCACCCGGCCUUCAGGCUCGCAGAGAAGCACUUCAAGAACCGCUCUACUGCCGCCUUACCUGCGCUGCGCGGCCUGCCGUCGUCGCUGUGCUUACCGUUACUGGACCUCGCGCGGCCUGCCGAGGAAGACGACGACUCAGUCUGGCGCGCGGGGUGGUGGUCCAACGUGUACACCAGCGAGGUGCCCAAGCCUGGCAAGUCUCGCAAGCGCCGCAACUCGCGGGCCGUGAGCAACGAGCCCGCGCGCGGUGACCGUCCCGAGCUCGAGCUCGACGGCAUGAAGCGCGUCUUCCUCGCCGAUGGCAAGGAGGGCUUCCUCGUCGCAGAGGGUUGUGUCCUCGUCCCUGGCUACCUCGACGUCGAGCAGCAGAAGGCCUUCCUCCUGGCCGCGCUCGCCGAGUAUACCCUCUCGCCUAACCCCAAGUCGCUCGACACGCACUACUCGUUACCACCUUCCCUCUUCCACGCCUACUCUACCACGCCCGACCUCCUCAUCUCGCCCAAGCACCUCACCCUGGACGAGUCGGAGCGCAAUGCCCGCUCGCAGGCCGCCGAGGUCAACAAGGGCCCGCGUACCCUCAUCGAGACGGCCCCGGCGAGCAAGCUCGGCUACGACGAGGUCAAGCGCCGCAAUGCGACUUGGACCGGCGACGACAUGAGCCUCAAGCUCAACUCCAAGACGGCCGAGGCGCUGAUGAAGGAGCUCCGUUGGGCAAAUCUCGGUCGUGUCUACCAGUGGUCAACCAAGACCUACGACUUCACAGCCCGUGGCAACAUCGCCUUCCCUCAGGACCUCGAGGACGUCUGCCGCCGCAUUGUGUCCGACACCCCGUGGGGUGAGGUGUAUGCCAACGUCCAGGAGGACGCCGUGCCCAAGUUCUCCACCUGGCCCGAGGACUACAAGCCCGACACUGGCAUUGUCAACUACUAUCAGAAGAACGAUACUCUUAUGGCCCAUGUUGACCGUUCUGAGCUUGACCCCGCUCGCCCUCUCGUCUCAAUCUCUCUUGGCCACUCUGCCAUCUUCCUCCUCGGCACCGACUCGCGUGAGGACCCUCCCCGCCCGUUAAUCUUGCGCUCUGGUGACGUCCUGAUCAUGUCUGGCCGCGGCCGUCAGGCGUAUCAUGGCGUUCCGCGCAUCAUGGAGGGCACGCACGCGCCGCACUUCCUCGAGGCCGACGACGACUCGAUCGAGAUGCGCGCGGCCAAGCGUUGGGUCGCGAACGCGCGCAUCAACAUCAACGCUCGCCAGGUGUUCCCGCCUGGCUUCACGGUUAACGACGCCUAAGCUGCACUACACCCACAUGUCCCUCCUUGUCAAGCACGACUGUUGUACCUUGUACCGACUAAAGCAUAGCACGCGCGACGCGCAAUACGACACCAACGCACGACGCACGAACACAACACUAGCAAUACUAUCCAAUCCCCAUUCCAUUGUCGCAAAAUGGCCCGGCUGAGGGCCCCACUACUGCAUCACUCCCCCACUGAGGGACCAUAG